ACUGGCAGGUCGAUAAGUUGUUUGAUAGAGAGAAGCUUAACAGUUACAACAAUUGAUUGUGGAGUUAUCGGUUAUCCUUAUCCUUUUGAUUAAAGGUUUUGCUCAGUGUUUCAUUUAGUAAUAAAAGCCAAAUUGGCUAAAGUUGAUUAACAAUAAAGCUGAAAUCAACAAUUAUUAAGAAAAAUAUUUCAACCAAGGUGUUAUUAUUUAAUGUUUUCUUGUUCUUGCAACUAUACUUAAAAGGCAAUCACAUACUCGCACCCAUCACAUAACCAAAAUGAGACUAUUUGUUGCUGUUAUUGCUGCCUUCAUGGUCAUUGCCGUUGCCGCCGAUGAGAAAUAUACCACGAAGUAUGACAAUGUCGAUGUUGAUGAAAUCUUAAAGUCAGAGCGUCUCUUCAAGAACUACUACAACUGUCUCAUUGACAAAGGCAGCUGCACACCCGAUGCUCGUGAACUGAAGAAUACCCUACCCGAUGCCCUGCAAACCGAAUGCAGCAAAUGCAAUGAAAAGCAAAAGGCCAAUGCCGAAAAGGUGGCCCGCUAUGUCAUUGAAAACAAGCCCGAGGAGUGGAAGACCUUGCAGGCUAAAUACGAUCCCGAGAAGGUCUACUACAACAAAUACAAGGAUGAGGCCGAAAAACAUGGAGUAAAAUUGUAAAUUAACCACCCAACAUCAACUUCUUUAAAACCUCAAGAGCAACAAUGAUCAUCUCAAAUACUCAACUAAUGAAUUUAAUGAAGGCUAUAGACACUACAUUUAUGUAUAAAAAGUUACUAAGUUUCCAAAGAGUACCACAAUUAGUAUUUGUACUAUAAUCAUACGUAUAAUCCCAUAGAGUUAUAGGUAAUUAAUUCAAUUACUUAAGCUCGAAAUGUUAUGUAGUUUUUGUUUGAUUUGUUAAAUAAACUAUAUUUUAUAGUUUUCAUAAA